CGACGUCGUCAGUACAGGCGGCAAUGGAUCUCCCGGAGCUCAAGGGUUAUUUACGCAAGAAGUCGCGUCACGAUCGAUGGCAACGCCGCUACUUCGAGGCCACCACGCACUACCUAACCUACUACAAGAGUCGGGAAAGUGAGAAGCUGCUAGCUUGUAUCGACCUAUGGCGGACACAGACGAUCGAUUUUAACUCCACGGACGGCGACAAUCUCGAGUUCUCCAUCGCCAUCGGCGAGCAGUCGUAUCUUCUCAAAGCUGACAGUCAGGACGACGCCGCGCGAUGGGUUAAAGGACUCCAAGCACGGCAAUAUCGACCGGAAGGCACGCCCUCUGAGGUUUUCAGUCUUCGCAGCGAGCACAUGGACGCAGAGAGCGACGCGUCUAGUGAAUAUGGCGGUCGACGUCCUCGAAAUGCCUCGUCGGACUCGGGUAGUCACCGUUCGUCCUUGUCAAUGUCCUACGUCGAGACACAGAAUCCCGUAGUCCCAAAUGCCGCUGCUAUUGCCAGACUCUCGCUGUCCCACGCUGACGCUCCGAAUCCUGUGGUCCCGAACGCCAAUUUGAUCGCUCAAGCGUCAUUCUCGCACGCAGAAGCAGUCAAUCCUUAUCCAAUGGUGAAUACCAACCAGCAAGUCACGCGGUCUACAGUGGCGACAACGACUGGGGUCAAGAGAGCGGAGGAAGAGAAUGCGGCCAACACGCAAUGCUGUGCACCCUGCGUGAUCAUGUAA